CUCUGAUUAGCAGAGAAAACAAUUGCAGUCCAGCAGUGUUCAGGAAGUUUUGCUCGUUGACGAAGAAUAGAACCAGCGUCAGCACAGGAUGCAUGCUGAACGUCUCCUAGAGUAAGGAAGGAUAUUUUCCCAAUGACAUACCUUCUUUAAAGCCACUUCUUAAAUGCAUUCAGCAUAGUAUGAAGCUUUACAAUUCUGUCUUGAACGGGAAGGUAGGCAGCAACAAAGGAGCAAGAGGAGAACGGAGAAGAAUGGUGGUAUCAGUAUUAGGACUUGUCCUUUUGGCCUCCUCUCUACCUUUAUCCAAUGGAGUACUUGGAAAGGAGCAAAGUGCAGCACUGUGUUCAACAGACGCCUGUUAUAGUGUCCACUUGCAUAAGGAAACAUUUAGUGAGGCACAUGACAAGUGUGUUAACAGAGGAGGUAACCUGGUGACAAUAAAAAGUGAAGAAGAAGCCGGAUAUGUCUACAAUUUGCUUUGGAAGCUCACAAAUACCACCAUAUAUACUCAUACUUUAAAGCUUUGGAUUGGACUUCAGUUGAAGUCUUCAUGUGUGAUUACAGAUAAAAUUCUGAAGGGGUUUUCUUGGACCACUGGACCUCAGGGUGCAGAAGAAAGUCGAUUCUCAAAUUGGCUGGCUGAACCAAAAAAAACUUGCACCAAGAAUAAGUGUGUGAGUAUGAUCCUGAAGAUGAACUCUACUGAUAAUCAUAAAUGGACUGAUAUACAAUGCUCAAUGGCUGAUGGUUAUAUCUGCAAGUUCAACUUCGAGGGCAUGUGCUCAAGAGUGGUGCUUGCCGGCCCAGGAUUUGUUGAAUAUGAUACCCCUUUUAGUUUCAAAAGUUCCUCUUUGACUUUAGUACCUUAUGGCUCAACUGCAAUGGUGUCUUGUGGCCACAAAGCAGAACAAGAUGGGCCAAUGUUACUUUGUAAGAAAGAGGAUGAGACUAAUGUGUACCAAUGGAGUAAUCCUCGAUUGGACAGGAGAUCUUUUGGACCUUUUUGUGCAUCUGAGGAACUGGGCUGUAAGUACAAUAAUGGAGGUUGUGAGCAUGACUGUGUUGAGUAUCCACAAAACAGAUCCCUCUCCUGUAAAUGCAAAGAUGGCUAUGUGCUAGCAUCUGACUUGGUGUCUUGUAUUUACCCUGACCAUUGCCAGCAGAGACCGUGUGAGCAGAACUGCAUAAACCACCAGCAAGGCUUUGAAUGCACAUGUUCUUCUGGCUUUGUGCUAGCUGAAAACAAGGUAAACUGCAUAGAUGUUGAUGAAUGUGAGAAAUGGCCUUGCAACCAGACAUGCAUCAAUACUGUGGGUAGUUUCUUCUGCAAGUGUAACUCAGGCUUUGAACAGAAAGACUCUCAAUGCAUUGACAUAGAUGAAUGUGUCCACUCUUCCUGCUCCCAGGGUUGCCUCAAUAACCAUGGGUCUUACAUAUGCUCCUGUAGUAAUGGUUAUGUCAUUGAUAGUGAUAAGACCUCUUGCCUGGACGUGGAUGAGUGCAUUGACUCCCCCUGCGCAGAGUCCUGCCACAACACCCCAGGGAGCUAUGUAUGUUCCUGCCCAAAGGGAUUUGUGCUAUCUUCUGACCACAUCUCCUGUGUCCAGGAAUUGCAAAACUCCAUCACAUUUACCAUUGGCCAUAUGAAUAUUGGUAUGGAAACAAAAGACAGUGAGACUACUGGUGGAAUCCAAACAGACAGCACCUACCAACCAACUGCAUAUUCUUUUAUGGAUGUGCCUAUGCAAGGAGGGGGUAAAAUAAAGUCUGCACCCUCCACUCCAAUGUCCCCUGAAGGAGAUAACUUCCUUGGCAAUAGCUCUGUGGGUCAGGUACUGCAUGGCAAUGCAGAUGGUCUAAGCAAUAUACUCUUAGUGAGUAUAAUAUGCGCCUGUGUUGGGGUAUUGUUACUCCUGGCUGUUGCGGCAGGGAUUCUGUGCUACAGAAAGAGGAAUGCAAAGAAAGAAGAGGUCGAGAAGCCACCCAGUGCAACUGAUAACUACUGCUGGGUCCCAGAGCAAUCAAAUAACAAAACUGCAAACAAUGACUAUAGGUAACCUAACUCUUAACGUGAAAGUGCACUGCACCGAUUUAGAGAUAUUCUAAGAAGAGUACCACUAUUGCUACUGCUGCAACAACAGAUACUGUAUGUAUAUGCAUGGGGACAAAUUAGAUUUCAACAUCAUUGUUUUCUUUUAGAAUCCUUCGAGAAUCAGUGAUUCAUUUUAACUUUUUCUUAUGAGUUGUUAGAUUUAUUGAGUGCUUUUUCUUUUUGUUAAAGUGUACCGUUCACCUCCGCACAGCCACUUGGUAGCCUUUUAAUUGACUAGGACAGUGGUUCUCAAAUUGUGUGCCGGGGCAUCCCGGUGGGGAGGCAGUCAAUUGACCGUCUGUCGGGAUCCCGGCGGUCAGGUUACAGACGCCGGAAUCCCGACACCAGCUGAAAUACCAGCGAUCGGAGUCCUGACCGCCGGCUGGUUACCCCUCUUGGGUGGUGGUUCACGCCACCACCCGGAGGGGAUAGAAACCUGUGCCAGGCCAGAAGCGUGGCAAGUGCAGCGAGCCCAUGAGGUGACAUGCUGCGCUUUUGCCGCCAGGAUCCCGGCUGUCAGACUCCCGGCAUCUUUCUCCUGACCGCCGAGAUCUCGUACUGAUCCCCCCUGGGGUUCCUCGGGACACUUGCAGUGGUGCCUUCGGUUGGUGGUCCAGUACCAAUUAAAAUUAUUUAUGGUCAAUGUAAUAGGCAAAACCAGAGCUGGUGGCUGCCAAUUAUAAAUAUGUGGACAAACACAUCACCAUAUAACUAAACCUAAGGAUGGCAUAGAAACACAAUUUACUUAAUUGAAUAUCUUUCUAAGUUUUUCAAUAAGAAAAUUAUGAAACUUAAGAAAAUUGUAAUAAUCUAGGGCGCCGUGAUUCAAAAAAGUUUCAGAGCCACUGGACUAGUAACAGUGACAUCACUAUUGCGAGGCACGUUGUGCCUCAAACCUCAAUGAUUACUUCUUGCUACUCAAUAGAUGGACAGUUUUUUCAUGAAUAUUGCUUCAUGGGCACACAAUGGCUUCCUACUUUGUGUGUUCAGUAAGGGUACAUGUGAAUUUGAAAUUUGGCUGUGUUUUUUUCUUUUACAUUACCUGCAAUGGCUGUGGUAUUAUAUAAAUCCCUAUGUAAGUAUCGAGACUUGGCUUGUGUUGUUUCUCUUCAUACAGUAGUGAUACUUUUAAGAAUUAAGAACGUGAAAUAAAAUAGGACUCCAGUAUGUAUAGUUGACAACUAAUUUAGUGAGACAGUCACGGGUUUUAAAGACUAGUCCUUGGUAUUUUUGUCCCUGAAAAUAUUCCUGUUUUUCAGCAUGCAGCUGCUGCAGACUAAAAUGCCUUUUUCUGUGGCUUGCAAAUUUUACAAUCUAUUCUCAUUCAAUGGGGCUGUAAAAGAAUGUCUAAUUAGUGUGAUUAUUUAAAGAACCAUUAAAUAAAUAAAAAAGCUAAAUUAUAAUAAAAUUCAAAAAUGUUUACAUACUGUGAAUUAUAGGGUGGGUAAGGGGCUCAUGGUCGACAGUGUCUAGGUUGACACCUAUUGGUCGACAUUGGCUAGGUCGACACUAGAAAUAGGUCAACACAGCCAUUAGGUCGACAUGAAAAAAGGUCAACAUGAGUUUUUCAUGGUUUUUUGGUGUCGUUUUCUUCGUAAAGUGACCGGGAACCCCAAUUAGUGCACCGGGUUCCCUCACAUGCUUCGGGCAAGGUUAACGUUCAAAUCGUAGUCCACAUGGAUCAUAAAGUAUGAAAAAGUAAAAAAAAUAUGUGAAAAACUCUACCUUUUUGCAUGUUGACCUUGUUCAUGUCGACCUAAUGGUCAUGUUAACCUAUUUCUAGUGUCGACCUGUUCACUGUCGACCAAUGGGUGCCAACUUAAUGGGUGUCAACCUAAGUGGUGUCGACCCAGAGUCCAGAUACCGUUUAAAUCCACCAUUCCACAUUAUGGGCCACAUUAAAGAGCACAUCCAAUUACAGAGACUGUUGCAGAAUGUAUAUUACGCCAGUUUGUGAAUGAUUUUCUGAUUUCAGACAUAUGUAUCUCGAUGUGUGUACUGUUCUGCAUUUGUUUGGAAACAGGAUAUUUUUGCAUGCCCUUUUAUGUAAUUUGUGCACCAUUUUCCGCCAAUUCUGUAUCAGUCCCAUUGGGCGCAUUUCCCAAUGAUUUUUUUUUCUAUGCAAGGAAAAUACUGCCUGAUUUUCAUUUAGUGCUCAAAUAUUAAAAAACCUUUGUUUUA